GGGACGGUUGCGUUAACUUCGUUCCGAACUACGUUUACGAUACAUCGCGUGUUUAAAGUCGGAAUUAAAAUAAAUAAACAUUUAAAAGUCUACCUCAUUGAUUAGUGUCAAUAACUAGGUGUUGUGAAUGGUUAAAAAUACUGUUUAUGUUACAAAACUACAUUAACAACGAAAUAUUUACGUGAUGGAUGAGCGGCAAGCGUACACGCAGCUAUAGAUGCGCUGUGCACCAAAGAGACCGUGAGGUCAGCUCUGAGAACGACUUCCAUCUUCUCCUCGAAGACCCGACACUUUUUGCCAGAAUGGUGCACCUCGUCGCAAUGGAAGUGCUCCCGGAGGAGAGGGACCGCAAAUACUACCAGGAACGGUACACCUGCUGUCCACCCCCCUUCUUCAUCAUAUGUGUAACUUUAUUAGAGUUAGGAGUAUUCGCAUGGUAUGCAUGGGGUUCGGGCGGAGUCGCGGCGGCGGCAGGCCCUGUGCCAGUCGACUCGCCACUUGUAUACCGUCCUGACAGACGACGCGAGCUAUGGCGGUUCCUCACCUACAGUGUCGUACACGCCGGAUGGUUGCACCUUGCGUUCAACCUGCUAGUACAGUUAGCGGUGGGAUUGCCGCUAGAGAUGGUGCACGGGGCGGUGCGGUGUGGCGCGGUGUACCUCGCGGGCGUGUUGGGUGGUUCCCUCGCGGCGUCCGUCCUAGAUCCGGACGUGUGUCUCGCGGGCGCGUCGGGUGGUGUGUACGCGCUCUUAGCUGCACACCUGGCCAAUGCACUGCUGAACUUCCAUGCGAUGCGCUACGGCGCCGUACGGUUGGUCGCUGCGCUUGCGGUCGCGUCGUGUGACGUCGGUUUUGCAGUCCAUGCUAGAUAUACUAAGCAGGAAGCGCCGCCGGUAUCGUACGCGGCACACGUUGCGGGCGCCCUCGCGGGCCUCACCAUCGGCCUGCUAGUACUGAAGCACGCGCAACAGAGGCUAUGGGAGCGGUUACUGUGGUGGGCGGCUCUAGGAGCCUACGCCGCUUGCACCCUGUUUGCGGUUCUAUACAACGUUUUCAGCGCGCCAGUGGACGAACUACACUAUAUGCCGCCUGACCCACCGCCUGAUGCUGGGUUCUGAUCUGCCAUCACUAAAUCCUGCACUUAGGCUUCGAUUAUUUUUCCGUCGCCCUAAAUGCCUGGGCCCAACCUGCUAUUAAAAUUGUCUCAAUGGUCGAUCAAUGACAAAAAGUACUAAUUAGUAUGUCAUCUCCUCAGACCCGCAGGAAGAGAAGGGAUAGUGACAACUGUAACACACGGCACUAAAGUAUUAUUGCAACAAAUAGUCAAAAAAGUUUGCACGUCGCAUAUUUACCUUCAGCAGUGCACGCUUUUCACUUGAAAUAGUUCGUUGUGAAAUAACUUACGGUAACCGAUCGAAAAUCGAUCGGCCUACAUAUGGGCUUACCUAGUGGGGGUACUAAUGGAAAUUUUAUUACUGAAAGUUUUUAAUUCGUUUUUUUUUUCAUUGAUCGACCAAUGAGAAAUACAAUUAUUGUAAUAGCAGCCUUAACGCCCUGGUGUAUCGUAUCGUAUAGACUAUUUAUGUCAAGUUUUAAAAGUUUUGUUGUGUAGUGUAAAUGUAUGUAUCCGGCCCCGGAGGCCAUUGUGUUGUAAGGGAAAACAAUAUUAGUGAAGUGUAAUUUUGCAAUUUUUCAUUUUAUUUGUAUCGGAACUAAUAAGUCUUUUAUAAUAAUUACCAUCGAAAGAUAAAUUGAGCUUAUUUUUAUGGAUAUUUGUAUACGUAUUGAGUGGUUGUCCCGUUUGUUUAUACUUAACAAAUAUUGUAUAGUCUAUCUUAUCCUUUGUAAGAAAGUCUGCAGGAUUUUCCUGAUUGAUUGGGAUAAUUUUAUCUUAAGCAAAGCACGUUUCUUUGUGUAUAUAACGAGAAAAACCUGCGGCUUAUCAUUUUUUUUUUUAGCCAAGGAAAAAUAGACUAAAGUAAAAAUAUUGUCUGUACGAUACGGUACAUACGCUUCGUGUGUACCGGGCUUAUUACCACGCUUUAAUAUAGUAAUGUUAGUUGCUCUAAGUCGAAGCCUAAAGAUACAGUCACAUCGUGACCGACUCACAACACGCCUAGUCAAUUUACCUUAGUGUGAUACGCGAUAAGUAGCAUUAUUUGAGGAGGCCCAACAAACGCAUGCCUGUUUCUGGGUUUCAGCACUGAUUCUCUAGGGCAUUGAUUGAUCUUAACUGCAAAUGAAAGCUAUUAGCACCUUUUAUGGCAAUGUGUCAAAAAGAUUGACACCUUGUCAGAAAAUUACUGUUCUACAACGCAUAUAAGGUUAAGAAUGUUAUGAUUGUAAAGAUUGGAAUUUAAUAGAGAUCUGUAAGAUUUGUCGGGUAUUCGGUCGCGACUUGAAACCUCAUACAAAACUGUCAUGUUGACAGCAUGUACUUACUAAUAUGACACUUUGGUCUAAGAUGUCAAGAAGCCAUUACAACCACAAUGUCAAUUACUUUACGUGAUUCUCUAUUACAUUGUGAUCGUAAUACAGUUUUUCAUAUUCAAAGUUCCCACUGGCACUAUACAUGUGUCCAAAUAUGUAUAGCUAAUAUGUAUUGUACCAAUACUUGAAUAGGCUUGUCCAUUAUAAAAUAUUUUAUGCUUAACGUCCAAAGUUGCGAGUAAGACAAAGUAUAUUCUUAUUCACUAAAACACAUCAUCAUGUAAAAUUACAAUCGACUACAUUAUAUAUAUAAAUCACGAGGGUGUCAAAACUAUUUCACAACAGUGUAUUUCGUUCGAUACGUCAAUGUCAUAGAGUAUCGGUGUCCGAUUACGAUGUCAUAGAGAUUUUUUAAUCUAUGUUAUGUUCCGUUACCUUGCGCAUUGCAAGAGACUGUGCCGUUGAAAUGUAUUGCUGUUAUAUUGGAGCGGUCUCCUCGCGAUACUUAAUUGUUAAGUAGUCCUAAUAGUAUUGGAUAGGUGAACUAUUUUUGUACCUACUAUCUGCGUCCGUAGUGUAUAGGUUGGAGGCGUUACCGCAACACAGUAUAAUAUGUUCCGUGAGGACUGACAACUCGACCAAAUGCCGUAUCUAAUUAAUUAUUAUAAGUUUUUUUUUUUUUUAAUGAAUAGUUGAUUAUUGAUUUUAAUAUAAUGGUACCGUUGAAGAAGGCAUUUUGUUGAGCGUCAGCGUUGUAAUGCUGCCUUUCCACCGGAAACGUUUAAGGAUGCGUAGCAAUGAAUGUAUACCUAUAUAUAUGAAACUCCAAUACAGCUUAGUAUGAGAUUUGAACUCUCUAUUAACAUUAUCAGAGUAAAAUAUACCCUUUUCUCCUUGUUUUUUAAAACUUAAACUCGUGCACUACUCUACAUUGAGUACUUGUUUAAUAAUAAAUAGUAGUAACUAAUGAACUGUAAAACGCAGAACAUUCGGUCCAUUUUACUUCAUGACAAUUCUCAUAGUACAGCUUUUUUUCAUUUUCAUACCAUAAUUCAGUUGCCGUUUUGUGUUACUCCAUACAAAAAACACCAUUUCGCAGAUUUCCAAUGUCCAAUGGCAUAAUCGUCACAAUUUUGUAUGGAAGUUCAGCAACCUCCAAUAAGGUUUACAAUACGGUGGCAAAGGGUUCAAUGUGCUUGUUUAUUAACAUUCGAUUGGUAGGUUCUACAUAUCCAUAGGACCCAACGCAUCCUAGCACAUCUCCGAUGGAAAGCUAGCUUUAAGCCCAGCACACCAAAGAUUAGAAUAAAAUAGCGUCCAUGCUUCAGCGAUGGAAUUUCCUUUCUGUAUUUGAAAAAUUCAAACGCGAAACUUACUUGUCGAAGAUUGAGAAUUUACUUCAAUUGAUUGCUCAGAACGUUGAGAAAUAAAACGCUUUACUUAUUUGUAACGAGUGUUAUAAACGCGUAUGUGUAAUUGCUCAAUUGCAACGUUUUUAAUCAGUAAUGAUUAUGCUCAAAAGUGAGUUUUUGUUUUAUAUGGGAUCAAUUGUUAUGUUCACUAAUACGUAUUGUGAAGUGAUUCGUCCAUUAGUUCACUUUAAUGUACCUCUUCGGUAUGAUGCUUCGAUAUUUAAACGAAAACAUGUUACUACAGUAAGGCCAACAAAUCUAGAUAAAGAAUGUCAACAAACUGAAAUUAAUUUUAUUCUAAAGAACGAUAAUUCGUUAUACAUAGGGUAGGAAAGCAUGCCAUCGCCCAAUAGGAUCUUCAUAUCCAUUUAACAGGUGGACACUUUAUUUAAUCCUUUUUCGGAGGAUAUAAUCUGGGAUAUAUUUGUCUCCUGCCUGUGAUAGCCCUGCUGAACCUUGCUUUAGAACCCCUACAAUGUCUCUUAUAACGUUUGCUAGUCUUUCCAGUGCGUCUAUAUAGCAUUUCAAUUCUUAUUACUAUCUGAUAAAGAACAGGACUGUUAAAGGCUCUACACGGUAAAAAAAACACCACUUGACUCUCGGCCUGGUAGUCCCUGUAUGAAAACUAACAACUUUUGUUCUACGACUUUCAAAAUUCAGUAUUAAUUUGUUUCAUACAAAAAAAAAAAUUGUUAUUUCUGUAUAGUUACAUUACACUGUGUACACCAAAUACAUAUAUGUGUUUCGACAAAGUGCGGAGUCUGGUCAGUGACCGCACGUUAAGAGUCGUGGUUCGCACGCUGUAGCCGAUGUUACUUUACAAGUAAAGUAUCUAUGUAAGAUAUUUAAUAUUUCGCUAACUAUCGAGAUAAAAUAAAAGUUAUACAACAAAAUUUGCUAAUUUUAAUCUAAACAACUUCAGGCCGAGAGCUUUCUUUUUUUUUUUUUUUAAGCCUGUAUAGCACGCAGUAACACAUCAAAGUUUGUUUUAAUUCUUUAUCACAUCUUGUUGGCCAUGCUUUACUCAUUAGUAAAUAGAUUAAUUAUUAUAAUUAUUAUGAUGUGCCUGAUUCCUAUUAUUGUAAAAUUGAUUGUAUACUUUUAAUACGAAUCAAAUAAUGUCACAUACCGACUGAUUUUUGUUU